CCCACUCAAACUCAAAGAGAUGAGAACAUAGUAGCAAGCAACAAUGUCUGUAACAAUGUGUCCUUGUGCUGUUAUUUCAUUUUUUUGCAUAACCAGCUCUGUGUAUGUGGUGUGUAUUUAGUAUGCACUAUUACACUGGUGCCCUCCUACAUCUCUGUGUUUGAGACAAACUGGUCAGUCACAACAGAAGAAAGACAUCAACUACUUGCAUCAUAUGGCUACUCUCCAUCACUAGAAACACACAAAUGAUUAACAAACCAUCACAUCGUCUGUGGAUAACAGAUUAAACAUACCUAUUGGAAGAAAAAGAAAGGACACUGAGGAGAAGAAGUGCCUUUGAGGCAACUGCUGUUGUGAUUUGGAGCUAUAUAAAUAAAAUUCAGUUGAACUGAACUGAAUUGAAGGGACCCAUACAAACAGCUUAAAAUUCCUUUAAAUGACUGGAAUAUAGUGGAGAAGAAAAGAAAAAAACUGAACCAGGGUAUUUCAAAGAAAAGAUCACUUUUGGGUAUUUUUUUUUAAAGUUUCAUAAGCAACAAUGGCAUCAACAGGUCUUCAGCUGAUGGGUUUGGUGCUGGCUCUGCUGGGUUGGGUUUGCGGGGCGCUGGUGUGUGCUGCUCCUCUGUGGCGUGUAUCUGCAUUCGUAGGUGGAGAGAUAGUCAUUGCCCAGGUGUUGUGGGAAGGACUGUGGAUGAACUGUCUAUCUCAGACCACAGGACAGAUCCAGUGCAAGACCUAUGACUCCACCCUGGCACUGCCUAUGUUUACCCAAGCAGCCCGGAGCCUCGCAGUUCUGUCUUUACUUCUCUGUCUUCUGGCCAUCAUCCUCGGGGUGUCAGGAGCCAAGUGUACUCACUGCAUGGGAGACAAUAACCAGGACUCCAAGGCAAGACUGGGAAGGAUAUCAGGGGUGCUCUUCAUUGUGGCUGGGCUUGCCUACUUGAUACCCAUCUGUGGAACUGCCUAUGCAAUCAUCAGGGACUUCUAUGAUCCAAAUGUUGCUGCGCCUUUGAAAAGAGAACUGGGGCCGGCAUUGUACUUGGGUUGGGGGGCCAGCAUACUGCUCCUGGUGGGGGGAGCUCUGCUGCACAUCGGCUCUCCUCCACCAGGAGCAAGAGCUAUGCCCAUUAUCGGAAGACCAGCAAAAGACAACCAACAAACAGUAGCAACAGGAGAGGUAAAGCAACAAGAGAAAUCCUUUGUAUGAAACCAGUGGGUAUUUGAACAGAUACAGAGGUCACAACUUCAUUAUUUAAGUUUCUGGAAACUGCAAGGUCAUUAUCUACAAGGGGAUAUUCAGAACAUAAUAGGUUUCAUAGUAUUAUAAAGUUAAGUUUGGUUUGUUAAAUUAAGUUUAUUUAAUAAGG